AUGACCAUGACAGCAGCGACAACACAAAGGGCCCUUGUGCCCCUCGCGCGACACCAGCAAAGACUCCUCUCCUCUACCUCGGCGCGAUCCCUCUCUACCCUCUCGUCCACCCGUCGCACAACAGCUUCAGCUUCUUCCUCGACGGCUACAAGCUCAGCAGCAGCCAAAUUCCACACUACCAGCAACAAUGCCAUCCCCUCGGGCGGCUUCGGCGGCGGUGGCGGCAUCCCGACCUACUUCCAGAAGCCCUCGCUACCGGCCAACACCAUCAUCCGCUUCGUGCCUCAGCAGACAGCCUGGAUCGUCGAACGCAUGGGCAAGUUCAAUAGGAUCCUGCAGCCCGGUUUGGCGAUCCUGAUCCCCUUCAUCGACCGCAUCGCCUAUGUCAAGUCGCUCAAGGAAGUCGCCCUCGAGAUCCCCAGCCAGAGCGCCAUUACGGCCGACAACGUCACGCUCGAGCUCGAUGGUGUGUUGUACACGAGGGUGUUUGAUGCUUAUAAGGCGAGCUACGGCGUCGAAGACGCCGAAUACGCCAUCUCCCAACUCGCCCAAACAACCAUGCGCUCCGAGAUCGGCCAACUAUCUCUCGACCACGUGCUCAAAGAGCGCGCCGCGCUCAACACCAACAUUACGGCCGCCAUCAACGAAGCCGCCCAAGCCUGGGGUGUGACCUGCCUCCGCUACGAGAUCCGCGACAUCCACGCGCCCAAGCCGGUGGUAGAAGCCAUGCACCGCCAAGUGACGGCCGAGCGCUCCAAGCGCGCCGAGAUUCUCGAGUCCGAAGGUCAGCGCCAGAGCGCCAUCAACAUCGCCGAGGGUAAGAAGCAAUCCGUCAUUCUUGCCUCGGAAGCCAUGAAGGCCGAGCAGAUCAACCGCGCCAGCGGUGAGGCGGAGGCGAUCCGCCUCAAGGCGCUGGCGACGGCGGGCGGGAUCGAGGCUGUUGCCAGGGCGAUUGAGCAGGGCCAAGGUUCGGCGCAGAAUGCCGUGUCUUUGAGCGUGGCGGAGAAGUACGUGGAUGCGUUUGGCAAACUGGCCAAGGAGGGCACCGCCGUGGUGGUUCCCGGAAACGUGGGCGAUAUCGGCGGCAUGAUUGCUACUGCGCUAAGCGUGUAUGGCAAGGUGGGCGAUGCGCAGGCCAAGGCUAUGGCGAAGCAGCUUGUUCAGCAGCAGGGUGAGCAGCAGGGCGAGCAGCAACAGCAGCAGCAGAAGACCCUUCCCGCGGGAGCUUCUGUUAAGGAGUCGCCGGUGGAUGAUAUCGUCAAGGGGUUCGAUCAGGCUACUGAGCAGCGCUAG